AUGCGAUUUUCAUUUCUCAUUGGAGUAGGAAGUGUAGCCGCUGGUGUGGCGACUUUGCCCACGAUAUGCCAGUCAACGCCGCCGCUGGCUUUGAUCGCUGCAGAUUUAGUCUCUGCCAAGAUUGAAGUCGCUUCCACUGGCGCUGGGCAUUGUCAAGCAGUCGUCCGAUUUAAAAACGAAGCUUUUUGGCCGAUAACCGUUGAUUUUGGGCAAAUCUCAUGCCUGGGGGACCAAAUCGCCGAAUUCACUCUGCCUGCCGAUGCACCGCCUGGAGCCGCCUCCAUUUAUUGGCUCUGUGCGGGGCAAACAUCGACGACAUGUAUCGAUGGCGUCGUUGCAAAUAGUCGAAACAGUGGUGAUGCAAAUGCUAUGCCUAGAUCCCUGAAAGGCCGCUUCGGAUGCGUGGAGCCGGCCACGGCUCUGAUCAGUACAACUUUCACCAAGGCUAUUGGAACACAGGCAAUAGCCACGACUAUCACAAAGACUGUAACCGGCCUAACAACGAGGUUUCCGUCUGAACAGUCCACGCAAUAUAAGUUAUCCAAAGCGGUAACUUGGCAUAGCGACAAGACCGAUCAGACUGGACUAUUAACUACCACGAAUCCAGCCGAGAAGGAGCCUGGCCUACGAACAUCAGUACAGACCUAUGCUGGGUCAUCAACGACAACUUGCAAUCCUAUCAGUUGUUUGGUCUUGGUACCACUGCCGGACACUACCACGGCUGCCAACACCAAUGUUGUUACGACUAGUACUAGUACCAUCACAACCAUCAAUACCGUCACCGCCACCAAUACUGGCUUUGUUACCGAAGGACCUCCAGCAGAAACAGGCUCAUCCACAGUAGAUGAGAUGACAGUCUGUGGACCAACAGUGACUACAACAACGACUUUCUUGAUCCAGACUAUCACGGUCGCAUGCCCGGCAGACGCGUCCCGGGUGUUAGCCACUUAG